AUGAGCUGUGUUAAUAUUGAGACCUUAGCUUCUGGUGAGAUUGAUUGUGGUGAAUUAAAGGUAAAGCUUCUCCAGAACAAAGAUACACCAGCCAUCAUGAAUAUCAAUAUAGGAACUACUGUAAGAGGAGCAAUUGAUGAUCUCGAUCUUGUCAUACAGACUCUUGAAGAGUGUGGCUUCUCACAUAAUCGUUUUUAUAUCCACUGUGAUGCAGCCUUGUUUGGUCUUAUGCUGCCAUUUCUAGAUAAAGCGACCCAAGUUACCUUCAAGAAGCCAAUUGGUAGCGUCAGUGUUUCUGGUCACAAAUUUUUAGGAUGCCCCAUGCCUUGCGGUGUUCAAAUAGUAAGAAAAAAGCACAUUAAUGCUCUAUCAAGGAACAUAGAGUAUAUAGCUUCCAAAGAUGCUACAAUUACAGGAAGCAGGAAUGGCCAUACACCUAUUUUCCUGUGGUAUGCCUUAAACCGCAAAGGAUAUCAUGGGCUCCAGAAAGACGUUCAAAUGUGCAUGCGCAACGCCGACUAUCUCAAGGGCCGUCUUAAAGAGUUUGGAGUCAGUGUCAUGCUUAAUAAGCUGAGCAACACUGUGGUGUUUGAGCGUCCCCAAGACGAGGAGUUUAUACGACGUUGGCAGCUGGCUUGUGAAGGAAACAUAGCGCAUGUGAUUGUGAUGCCUCAUGUUACAAUUGAGAAGCUUGAUACUUUCUUAAAUGAGCUAGUUGAGAAACGUUUAACUUGGUUUAAGGAUGGAGGGAACCAACCUCCAUGUGUUGCUUCUGAGCUAGGCAAGGAAAAUUGUGCUUGCCCUCUGCACUAG